UUCUUCUCUCUCUUUUUUUUUUUUUUUUAUUAUUCAGAGAGAGAGAGAGAGAGAGAGAGAGUGUGGCUUAAAGAUGGGGUAGAGAAGAAGGGAAGUAGAGGUGGUUAAGUUUUGGUUGUGUGGGUAUUUUUUUCUUUCAUCUCUAUCUGGUGGGAGUGGUAUUGGGUAAUGGAAUUUGGGGAGUUGGAUGGCAAGGCCUUUUGGAAGAGGCAGCAGCAGGCAUUUCAGGAGGAAGAGGGGUGGUGGAAGAGGCACCAGGAAACCCUCUAAGAAAAAAUCCAGCCGAUCGAAAGCUGGAAGAGGAAAAGAGGAGGGCUCUGGAUCCUCAGACGAGGACUCUCCCUCACCAGCGUCUCAUCCGCAAGUCUGCAGCCGAAGACGACCAAGAAGCUGGAGAAGAAGAAGGAGAAGGUUUCUCUGCUCAGCAUCACCAGAAUCUGCACUUACGCGAACAACAUCUGCAGAUAGAAAUCCAACAUCCACACCAUCAGCAGCAGCAACAGCAACAGCAGCCCAAGAAGCGAUCUUACCUCCCUUCUUCAGUUUCCGAAUAUGCCCAAUUCAACGAAAGGAUGGGAGAGAGUCAUCACCAGCACCAGCUCCAGCAUCAUCACCAACACCCUCAGCAAACUUCGUCGAGGUUGGUAUUGAGGAACCCGACGGGAGGAGAGAUCGUCGAAGUCCAAGGCGGCCACAUUGUCCGAUCCACAGGAAGGAAAGACCGCCACAGCAAGGUCUGCACUGCCAAAGGCCCUCGCGACCGCCGCGUCCGGCUCUCCGCUCACACUGCAAUCCAGUUCUACGAUGUCCAGGACCGCCUUGGCUACGACCGCCCCAGCAAGGCCGUCGACUGGCUCAUCAAGAAGGCCAAGGCCGCCAUCGACGAGCUUGCCGAGCUGCCCGCCUGGCAGCCUUCUUCGGCUAAUGCUUCAGCCCAGCAGCCGGACCAUGGCGAGGAAGAUGAGGAGGAAGAGAAGCAGCACAUCCACAGCCAGCAGCAGGGUAACACGGACACUGCGGGCAAGAAACCGAUGCAGGCCGAGCCUGUGGCGGCCUCCGCUUAUGGUUUCCAGCAUCCGAGCAAUACCACCAGCUUCCUCCCGCCUUCUUUAGAUUCCGAUGCCAUUGCUGACACCAUCAAAUCCUUCUUCCCCAUGGCUUCCUCUUCGUCUUCCAUUCAUUUCCAGAACUACCCGCCAGACCUGCUCUCGAGAACCAGCAGCCAAACCCAAGAUCUCCGCCUUUCCCUGCAGUCUUUCCAAGACCCCAUCCUCCUCCAACACCACCAACCCCACCAUCACCAUCCACCUUCGGGCGAGCAAGCCCUUUUCACCAGCUCCGCUCCGCUGGCAUACGACGCCGCCCCUGCCAACUGGUCCGACCACCAGCAGCAGGAGUUUGGCAGGUUUCAGCGAAUGAUUGCCUGGAAUGCAGCUGAGGCUGGUGGCGGCAGCAGUGGCGGUGGAGGGUACAUCUUCAGCACACCUCCGCCGCCGAUGCCGCUGCACCCGUUGCUCGGGCAAAACCCGUUAUUUCCACAGAGGGGACCCCUUCAGUCCAGUAGCUCACCUUCGGUUCGUGCUUGGACGGACCCGCCACCGAUUGCGGCAGACCAUCAGACGGCUAUGUUUCAUCAUCCGUCAUCAUCGAUCUCGGCCAUCGGUUUUGCCUCCGGCGGUUUCUCCGGCUUCCGCAUACCGGCACGAAUUCAAGGUGAGGAGGAGCACGACGCCGUCGCCAACAAACAGUCUUCUGCGUCCUCUGCUUCUCGCCAUUGAUGAGAAAAACCGAAAUCAUAGCUCCACCAGGACUAUGCUUUGUCAAAGACGACAAGAGUGCGCUUAUUCGAAUGAAGAAGAAGAUGUGAUUUCGGUUUCUAAUCCAAUGGUGUUGUACCGUCGGAAGAAAUCUGUUCCACCAGGUUCCUCUUUCCUCGGUUUGCUUUGUUUGUUUACUUUCCUUUCCAUGUUUGGACGGGCUUUUGAGUCCUGUUUAUUUAUCUUGUUGGAUCACAUUUUCUUUCUACUGUUAGACUCGGAUGUGAUGACAUUGCAUUUUGGGUAUUGUCA